AUGCGCAUAUCAUCGCCCCUCCUCACCUCAUAUACCUGGCUCAACAGCCUCAAAGCAACCCAGCUGCAGCGCAUCGCCCAAGCAACGGGGAUCCAGUCCUCAGGGACAAAAGCAUGUCUCAUCGCCCGGUUGAAAGAGGAACUGCCGCAGCCAGACCCCGAGAACCAAAUGAGGACAUGCAAAAGCACAAGCUCCAGCACAAGGACCAGCGGUAUGAGUAUCCUAAGCAUCGACAUGGGGAUUCAGAACCUCGCAUACGCGCAUCUUCUUGUCCCACGCGAUAGCAAUAGCGCAGCUACCGCUGCUGCUCCGGGAGUAGUGAAGCUAAACGCAUGGCGCCGGCUAGCUGUUUCCGACGCCUUACUUGACCCAGACUCUCGGUCUUCCCCUGGAAGUACGUCAAAGCAGCAAAAGAAAGAGAAACAUACAUUCUCCCCAUCCGAGUAUGCGCGCACGGCGUACGCGCUCGUCACGGGCUUGCUGCACGCGUACCGGCCCAGCCAUGUACUCAUAGAGCGGCAGCGGUUUCGCUCGGGUGGGGGCAGCGCGGUGCAGGAGUGGACGCUGCGGGUGGGUGUGUUUGAGGGGAUGUUGUAUGCGGUUUUGCAUGCGCUGGGACAGGCUGGGGAGGGAGGAGCAGAGGCGGGGAUGCGGCCGGCGGUGCUGGGUGUUGAGCCUAGGCGGGUGGGGGCGUAUUGGGAGGAUCGGUUGGGGGUGGAUGUGGACGCACCGAAGAAGAAGAAGAAGGCUUCGGCGAGGGAGGGGAAGAAGGUCAAGAUUAAUCUGGCGGGGGAGUGGUUGCGUGCUGGGAUGGGAGGCGUGGAGGUAGGCUCGGGCUUGGGCUCGGGCUCGCCGUUUCGGUUGUCUGUCGCGGAUGAUGCUGAGCUUCGGGCCCUGGUCGAUGCGUAUCUGCGGCGGUGGGCGGGCAAAUCGAAUCCGGCGAGGUCGGUAUCGAGGGCUAAGGCCGAAGGGCAGGCUGCGGCAGAGGAUGACGGGGCUGUGAUUGAACCCCCGAAUGUACGCAAGAUGGAUGACCUGGCGGAUUGUCUGGUCCAAGGUGUAACUUGGUUGGAGUGGCAGGCUAUGAAGCAGCGAAUUUCGGCAGAGGGGUUGGAUGCCGUCUUGCACUUGGAGAGUGGAAAGCUUUGA